AUGGCCGCAACCGCGACUCGGAGCCCCGCGAGGCCAAACCGGUCCAACAGUCUGCAGCGCAUGCUCGAGCUGGAACAGGAGUGCAUGCGCGAUCGCCGCACGCACAUUGAGCGCCGCCAAGUGUCUCCCGAGUCUCACGGGACUCCAGUCUCCCUGCAGCUGCCACCCAUUGAUACUGGAACUUCGACCUUUAAUCCCGCACAGAUGUUUGCGACUAUCCCCACGCGCAUGAGCUCCGAUGAGAGCCAGGAAAAAAGGCUUGCGUCGGCUCAUGGAAGUCCCAAGCGCGUGGCUUUCAGCACAGUAGAGGACGUCGUGGUGGAUGACCGCAACGAACUGUGCCAAUCGCCCAGCUGGGAGGCGUACGGUCGAAGAAAAAAAGAGAAAAAGGAAAGGGAGCUCGCAGAAAGAGAGACGAACAGAGCCCAAAGGCGCAAGCUCUGCAAGGCACCGCCUUCUCCCUCGACGCCGCUUGUAGAGAAGGCUGGGCAAACCCAGACAGGCGCAUGUAUGUCUCAAACAUCUCCCAUCCCUCGACCCCGACCACGUCAACAAGCAGCCACGAGCGAGCGCCCUAACAGUGUCGUGGGUUUAUCUACCCCAAAUUUGCCCGCGGCACUGGACAGCAGCGCGAAGCCUCGCGGUCGGUCCAGCUCCUUCUCCUCGCUUUUCAGGGCUCCCUUUGAGGUACGACGAGCUUCCGUCGACACAGACAACCGCGACGGCUUCAUUGGCGGGAUCAAGCUCGAGCAACACCGCCUGGCUGCGCACCAAAAGAUCUUGGAGGAUCAAGCAGCCGAAGCCAGGAAGACGGCGCAAAAGAAUAGAAAGCGCUCAGAGAGCCCACUGAGGUUCCUGGUGCCCAGGAGCGAGCCAAAGGAGACGCGAGCGUACCCGCCCAUUGCGAUUCACACGACCGGACACCAAGCCCUCAUUUCCCAAGACGACGGUAUGAUGCGAAAGUGGAAGGCCCGCGUGGGCUUGAGGUCAAGGUCCCGGGAGCCUUCGCCCAACGGCGGCCAGAAGCUUGCCAAGCUGCCAGCGGCAAAGAGACCACAAAUCUCAGCCCCCGUCAUGACAAGUUCAUCGACGCCAGACGUCUCCUCGAAUGCCGUCCGACUUCCUAGCAGCAAAUCGACACCUAAUAUCAACAGCCCGACCGUCGUGCAGAGGAUCCACGGUCAGGUUGACGAUGAAAAGAUGGAUAUGCUCACGGUAGAUCCGGCUCGCCACCCAAUCUUUGACGAGGGCGGCACCGGCUCAGCCUCUGAGCGCUCUUUUAUGACGGUUCCAGAGUCACCUCCUGCGCCCCCGAGACGCAGCUCCAAGCGAAAGUCAAUAGUGAACGCAGGAGACUUGGAGAGCCCAGUGGCACUGGUGUCGUCCCAGACGCUGCCUGUAGCGAAACCGUCGACGGAGGUAGAAGAGCGGCCAAAGCGGUGGACCACGUCUGAUCCGCCCAGCAUCCCAUACGACUCGGUGAACCCGAGCACAGAGAGCCUGUCAGCAAAUCACCAGCAAAGAAAGACGUUUAAGGAAGCGGCUCGUGCUGCGUUUAGUGCCCAUACAGCGCUCUCACCACCGGUCAUGCCAGCUGCCGCCGCUGACCGUCCCGGCAGUCGAUCGCGCUCGCCUACCACGCGAACCUUGCGGAACACUGACGAGCGCGUCCUCCCCGCCGACAAGUACAAUCGACUGAGAGGAGGAACAUUUGGAAAGAAUGGCCAUAUGCCGGCCAUCCAAGACUGGAGGACAAGCUGCGCGAUAGCACCGCCGACGCCCCCCUACCACUCUUCUGAGGACUCGGCCUCGGAUGGGUUCCGUUCCCCGGGCGAGCAUGGUACACCAGACACAUCUAGACCGCAGUCUGAGCGAGGCAUGUUCCCUAGCUUUGGAGAGGAUCGAAAGAAGGGGCGCCAAUUCCCGGUGCUGCCAUCCCCAGCGUUCUCCCUCGACGAGAGUCGCCAAUCGAACCAGCCGUCACCGCUGGAACUCGAUCCUAUCCAGGCCGCCGCGCUCAAGGUGAUGGCCGCUUUCCCCGACUCGAACGCGUGCAGGAGCCAGAAGCCACGCCGCGCUGGGGAUGAACAUCAGGAACCGGCGCGUAUCAACACAGCCGUUGCCCGGGACCAAGAUCCGGCGUCGAAAUCGCCUCCUCUCAGAGAGCUACUCAUGGCGCGCGACGAGACGUCUGUGGUGGUCCCUUGGCCCGCGACAUAUCUUGAAGCGGCCAGGAAAGCCGCGCCAUCUGCGCAGGCGCCUCUCAAGACCUCGCACACUGUGGCACCCCAGCCUCUGCCGAUACCGCGAGACCCGAUUGCCAAGAUGUUUGUCGAGUGCUGCGAAUGCAAGUACUUUCAUGAUAUGCCGAGCAAGCUGUACGAGGCCAUGGCCAACCCGGACGGUGUGGUUGCCCUGGGUGAUGAUGUGAGGUUUGCGGGCACCGUGUCCAUGACGGUCAAGUGCCCGUGGUGCACGCAUGAGAUGAGCACCAAGUGCUGCGCAGGGUUGGCGGCCAUGGUUCACGUUAAGGAGAGGUUGCAUUGA